GUUUUCAGCCAAUCCCCCCGUUAGGAGCAUGGAUGUAGGUUAGGAGUGUCUCCAUCUCUGUUAUAAGAGACGUUGUGAUGUUAAAGUGAUGUUUGAUCUUUAGGAGACAUCGACAGAGAUGGAGCUUCUUCCUCUUCUGUGUCUCUGCCUCCUGACUCGCUCUGGAAUCACGUCUGCUCAACUAAACGGGCCACCGUUGAUUAAAGUGGAACAAGACAGAGAUGUGGUGUUACCCUGCUCCCUCAGCACCAAGGAGAACAUUGCAUCAGGUGUCUUUGACUGGAAGAAAGUUGCUCAGAAAGAUGCUGGUGAGAAGGAGGUGUUCCUGUAUGACAAAGGCAAACAUUACAACGACGGCCGAGAUGGUCAGAGUGAGCAGUUCAAAGGUCGAGUCUCUCAUUUUCAAGAUGAACUGAAACACGGCAACGCCUCCAUAAUCAUCAGAAAUACAAAGAUAUCUGACAGUGGAAACUACACCUGUUAUUUUCCCCAUCUUCGGCCACCUCAAACAUUCUACAUUGAGCUAGUUGUUGGUGCAGCACCAAAACCAUCCGUGGCAACACUUGAUGAAACAAAGGACUGGUCACUGCUACAGUGUGAAGUUCAUGGCAAUCCAGAACCUGAAGUAGAGUGGCAGGACAGUGAUGGAACCAAACUUCCUGCUGAGAAGCCACAGGUCAAACAAAUAGGAAACAUUUUCUACAUCACUCUCAACGUAACCGUAACCAAGAGCGACCGCUACCGCUGUGUAGCAACACAGGAGACUAUCAGUCAUCAGAUUUCUGCUGAGACCUAUGUGCAGAUAAGUGGUACUCUACAGCUAUCUGUCAAGAUUGUUAGUGAAACUAACGACAGGGCUCUGCUGCAGUGUGAGGUUCGAGGUGCUUCUGCAGACCUUAGAGUGGAAUGGCAGGACAGUGCUGGAAACCAACUUGCUGCCAAAGAGCCCCAGCUGUCAGAAAGAGGAGGAGGCUACGACGUCACCCUCCAAACUACUGUGACCAAGACCGGUCACUACCACUGUGUAGCCUCACAGAAGAAAAGCAACCAUACCAUUUCUGAGGAUACUUUUGUGCAUAUCAGUGGUGAGGUUUUUAUAUUCAAGAUAUAAUUAUUGUUUGUGUGUUAUAAAUUUUUUUUAAGUUUUGAUAAAGAUAUCUGCAGUAGUUGAACAUGUUUCCAACUGAGUGAAACCUUCACUGAGGUUCUGAAUGAGAGGAUCUGGAGGGAAAUAACAGAACUGGAGUUUGGAAUCCUUUUUUAGUUGAGUAUGAACGGUUACUAAAACACACCCAGCUGUUGUGUCCAGUCCUAGCUCGCUGUAGCUAACGUCUGGGUUGUCAGUGUUGUUGUGCUGUAUUCACACAAACUGCAAGAACACAAACCGUCAAGCAAUAUUUUGGAAAGGGGGGCGUUGAGGUGCCCUUGGGGGGCGUUUGUUUGAAAGCUAGUUUAAACCAAAGAUUCCCAAUAACAAUACAUGUUUACUCUUUAAACUACUGAACCAGUGGUCAGCUCCAUUAAAAGCUGCCAGUUGACGUCACUGUGACUGGACCAGACGGGGAUCAGAACUCUUCCUCUCUUCUGUUCUUCUGUCAGCUUUGUUUGGUGCAGCUCCGUGCUGCCUUCACAGAAACGGGACGUCUGAGCAUCAACUUAAAUGAGCUCCGUGCUUCAGCGUGAAGCUGCGUUCAGAUGAUAAAAAAAAAAAAUAAAUAAAUAAAAGAAAGCAAUCGCCGCGACGUCCUGUCGCCUACUUGUAGCACAAGUAGACUUUAUAUUUCACAUUAACAGUUUUUCGUCAGAUUGUAUAUAGAACACGACGUUUCCUACUGCACCUGAAGGCAGCUUCAUUUCACGGAGAAAGAGAGAAAGAAAAGAGACGAGCGAGAGACGUCGACUGUGCUUUGUUGUUUGGCAAACAGUCAGCUGUUCCCCAAACUCCCGCCAGUUCAGGGCUUGUGUUUGGUGUUUUAAAACGUUCUUGUAGAAGCGAUAGAGGCAGUGAUGUCACUGUUUACUGUACGGGACUCUCACACCUCCUCUAAACGCAGCGUGAUGUGGGGUUGUGUUUCUCCAAACGUUUCUUUCUGCUAUUUACUCGCAAGACAGGCGAUAGUAAACCUAGACUCUUCUCAGCAUCAA